GACUCCGAGUAAAAAUCGGAAUUUAGCAUAUAUAAACAGAGAGUCCAUCUGCGGAAUCCACAGCCUGUGACAAAACUUAAGAAUCAAUCAAAAUGACAAAGACCAUCGCAGUCACAGGUGCCACUGGGACACAAGGAGGAUCUGUUGCUCGUAUUCUCCUCGCGACCGGUGCCUGGAAAGUCCGAGCAAUUACACGCAAUCCAAAUGGCAACGCUGCGCAAACCCUCGCGACAAAAGGGGCCGAGGUUGUUGGUGCGGACUUUGACGAUGAGGACUCUUUAGUGAAAGCGUUCGAGGGUGUCGAAGCCAUCUUCGCUGUGACGAACUUCUGGGAGCAUCUCCUCGCCGGAAAGUCGCCUAGCGAGGCCGGCGAAAUCGAAGCGAAACAUGCAGUGAAUUUGGCAAAAGCUGCAUCGCAAACAGAAACUCUACAGCACUACGUCUGGAGCACACUGCCUUCCGCAAAUGAUGGGACCAACGGCCAAUGUCACGUUCCGCACUUUGACUACAAGGCCAGGGUUGACCAACGCAUUCGGGAUGAGUAUCCUGAGUUGGCCGCAAAAACCACCUAUCUUUACGUUGGUUUUUAUUCGUCUAACUUGGCCUUUCUCCCGGGUUUGAAGCCCAUCGAAGUGCCUGGAAGCGGCAAGUACAUUUGGCCCAUUACAUCGAAGCCAUCUACUACGUUCCCCAUUACGGGCGACGUCUCAGUUACCGUAGGCACUUGGGUACGUCAAAUCUUGGCCCACCCCAAGAAAGCACUUGGCAAGUAUGCCAUCGUGCAUGCUGAAGUCGUGAGCUUUGAAAAGAUUGCUCAAGACUGGAGCGAAGUUACGGGGAAGCCAGUCGUCGUUGUCGAGUUCACGUCGAAAGAGUACGAGGACCUUUGGGGCGUGUUGGGCGUAGAGAUUAAUAUGCAGUUCAAGUUCUGCGAGGUGGUAUCUGAUUGGCCGUCCUAUUUGGGGUCGUCGUACGUAAGCAAGGAGGAAUUGGACAUAAAGCCGGAGGAGGCAAGGGGACUCAAGUAUGCGCUUGAGCAGAUCAAGACCUACUUGCUUUGAUAGAAGGAAGUUACUUUCUUUCCGUUUUGCUUUUCGGUCUCUCCUAAAGUCUUGGACCUAGAGUUAAUGAAGUCGAUCUUGUGGACCG